GUGAGUAGACAUCACGGGAGGAUGGUACACGAGUCAGAUGUUCACUUUCUUCAUCCACUUAUAUUUCAAAUACUAGAGUGAGAAAAAUGGCUUCAAAUGAUGAAAGCUCAAUUCAUAAUGGAUAAGAUUGAUUUUUUGACUUUUCUUGCUCCAUCUGCCAGGAAAAGGACAUUGUGGCCAAUGUAUGGAGUACCAUAACCAUUUUGUCAAGAAGCAUGAAACUUUGGGGAGAGAAAACAUCAGCCAAUGGCCUCAAAACGAUGUGGAUGCACAUGAGCAAUCAAGUUCAUCCGACCAGCUGGUUUAGGAAUAUCAACCAGUUGUAGUAAGCAAGCCUGAUCCAAUCAUAAUAGUGACCAGUAGUAAGAAGUUCAAUGUUCACAUUAAGGGUGAUUUAUUCAAAUGUUCUAUAACUGGUAUCUGUGAGACAUCUAAUGGAGAACUCCUUAUCACAGACGGCUGGAACUGUAAAGUGAAGCUUCUAAAUCAGACCUACAAGGUGGUGAAUCACUUUGAGUUGCCUAAUUUACAGUAUCCAGUGUCCAUGUGCAGCAUUGACUCCAGUCUGGUAGCAGUUAUAACUUUUAAAAGCAGUAAUAUUUACUUCAUCAGAGUGACCAAUGGUCGGCUGGUACAAGACAGGGCACUGAACCUCCAACAUGACUGCUCUGGUAUUGCCCAUCACCACCGCAACCUGUACAUAACAUCAGGAACAGCCCUGUACCAGUACUCCUUAGAUGGGACACUGUUGAGAAAGUUGUAUGACGAUACAACAGGUCUUUUGAAAGGUAGCUCCUGUGCAGUUAAUCAUGAUGGAGAAAGGAUAUAUGUGGCCAGCAACAAGUCCAGAGACUUUCAACUGGUCACACUGUCCAGGGAUGGCAUAGUGAUCUCCAAACUGACUGACCGUGCACUGUUUUGGGUAGAACAAUUUCCACCUGGCCUCCAUGUGACAGAUUCAGGACAAGUUCUGGUAUGUUGCCAAUUUUCCAAGAUAAUCUUCCAGAUAGACAGAGAUGGAAGAAUGAAACUGGCAGAGGUGGUCAGAAGUACGAAUAAAGAGCCAUUAUCUGUCUUCUUCAGCAAACGCACAGGGUCACUCAUUAUGGGAAUGAGUGAUAACAAUAACAUUAAAGUGUUUAAGGCACAGUGACCGUUGGAAAAUGAUGAUAAAUCACAAUUUAGAUAUACAUCAGUAAAGGUGAUCAUUUAAACAGUAUUUCAAUUGGGUAUAUAUGUGCCAUUUGUCAUCAGUUAAAUGGUUCUAACAUUUAACAAAAUAUUAAAUUGAGGAUUUGUUAAUGAGUGUUAUUACUGGUAAUAAUGAUAUUAUUAUUUUGUUAAUUUGUUAUAAUUUAUAAAGUAUAAUAUGUUAUUUUACCAUUUAAAUAAGAAUUAUUAUAAAGUAAUGUUUAUUAUGCAUUUUGCAAACUGUUCCUUCUUGAAUAAUUUACUGAUAACAUGAUUAAAUCAAUUAUGCUCUAAUAAGAACUGUUACUGAAAUUGCUAAUUGGCCCCUAAUUAAGUAUUGUUCUGAAUGAAAAGUGUUAUAUUGUCAUUUAAAGAAGGUGAAAAUAGAAAACUUUUAUUUAUAUAUUUAAAGAACAGAUUAACAAACAUUUUAUCAUACCACCGCAUUGAUAUCUGCCUGAUAUAACGUUGCCUGAUGUAUUUUUUUAUAUCAUGGUCAACAGGAAGUUCUUAUAUCAGUCAAUGUUUGAAGUUACGUGGGAUUUGCAAUAAAGUCAACAAUUUCUAUCAACAUUAUUCAGGUUCAACAAAACAAACCAUUUGAUACCAAAAACGCAUAUAUUUUAUUCUAGUUUAAAGUCAUAAAUCACAAAAACGUUUAUUUUUUUUAAAAUAACCACAGCCUGCACUAUAAAGUUAAAUGACGUCAUCAAUGGGACAAUAAGUCUUAAAUAUCGAUA